CGCUCAUGGGAACGAUUGUGUUUUGGGUGACCCGUGUGGCCUUUUCGUUGAGGUCUUCAGGAUACAAAGCCCCCACCUAGAGACGCGACCCUCCCGUGGGAGCGGGGCAGGGCCCGGGGGCGGGAGCACAGCGGGGCCCCAGCCUCAGGCGCGUCACUGAGCACAAAGGAGACAACAGUGAGGCGGCAGCGGGCGCUGAUCUUCGCUCGCCAGCCACUCGCAAUUGCGGUUACAGACCUGCAGCUCCCCCUCCCCCCUCCCGGCCCGCCCGCCCGCCUUUCUGUCUCCUCUCUCCCUCCGUACUGGACGGCCCCGGCCCAUUUCCGGGCUCCGGGUAUUUGGCAUCGAUUGGGGCCGGGGACGCGGAGCAGGUGGUCGCGGCGGGGCAGCGUGGUGGCGGCGGGGCAGCUGGGCCGCCAGCCUGGUGCGUCGGGGACCGUCUCCCGCUGCUUUGGUCACCAGCCCCUGCCCGCCCGACCCGCUCCGUUCUCCGGCCUGCGAGCCCUGCCGGCCGGACUUUGCGCCGCGUCCGGCGCUGCUGCUGCGCUCGGGCCCCCGCUCAGCGCCGGCGGUGGCCGGGAAGCCCGCGUUAAAGGGGCAGCCGGGACCCCGGCCCAAUAUGGCUGAAGUCAGCAUCGACCAGUCCAAGCUACCUGGAGUCAAGGAAGUAUGCCGAGAUUUUGCUGUCCUGGAGGACCACACCCUGGCUCACAGCCUGCAGGAACAAGAGAUUGAGCAUCAUUUGGCAUCAAACGUUCAGCGGAACCGUUUGGUCCAGCAUGAUCUCCAGGUGGCUAAGCAGCUCCAAGAGGAAGAUCUGAAAGCGCAGGCCCAGCUCCAGAAACGCUACAAAGACCUUGAACAACAAGACUGUGAAAUUGCUCAGGAAAUUCAGGAGAAGCUGGCUAUUGAGGCAGAGAGACGACGCAUUCAGGAGAAGAAGGAUGAGGACAUAGCUCGCCUUUUGCAAGAGAAGGAGUUACAGGAAGAAAAAAAGAGAAAGAAACACUUUCCAGAGUUCCCAGCAGCCCGUGCUUAUGCAGAUAGUUACUAUUGUGAAGAUGGAGACCAACCAGGGUCAAGGAGGGCCAGGGAAUUGGGUUCUGGAUUCUCAAGACCUUGUAGACUCCAAAGAGAUGGAAAGACUGUGAAGCAGAAGAAAGAGAAACCAGAACAUCCACUGGAGAACUUGGAAGAGCCAGAACAACAUCGUUCAUCAGAGAGAUCCCUGUCAUCCUCUAGCUCUGGCAAAGAGAGGGACAAGCCCCAAAUUAACAAUGAGCAGCAUGAAAGGAAACGGUCCGCUCAGGAGAGGCCCCGGAGACCUCUGCUUCCCACAAUCAGUGGUGAAGUGUUUCUGAGCACUGAAUGUGAUGACUGGGAGGCUAAGAAUAACCAUCAGACUCGAAAGUGGGAAAAACAGUCUCAGCACCAAGAUCGACUUUCACCCAAGUCCUCACAAAAAGCAGGGCUUCACAGCAAGGAAGUUGUAUAUGGGAGGGACCAUGGGCAAGGUGAGCACAGAAAAAGGAGACACAGGCCCAGGACUCCUCCAUUCUCAGAGAGUGAGGAGCAGCUCCACCUCCAUGACCCAGGAAUUAAGCCAAGAGUGACGAAAGAAACUAUACCUGCUCCGUCACGAACGACCCACAGGGAUCAGGAAUGGUAUGAUGCUGAAAUUGCCAGAAAACUACAAGAAGAAGAACUUUUGGCUACCCAGGUGGACAUGAGAGCUGCUCAAGUAGCUCAGGAUGAAGAAAUCGCUCGACUUCUAAUGGCUGAAGAAAAGAAAGCUUACAAAAAAGCCAAGGAGCGGGAGAAAUCAUCUUUGGACAAAAGAAAGCAAGACCCUGAGUGGAAGCCCAAAGCAGCUAAAGCAGCAUAUUCAAAGUCGAAAGAGAGUGAUGAACCUCACCGUUCUAAGAAUGAAAGGCCAGCACGGCCACCACCACCUAUCAUGACAGAUGGUGAAGAUUCGGAUUACACUCAUUUUACAAACCAGCAGAGUUCCACACGGCAUUUCUCAAAAUCAGAGUCCUCUCAUAAAGGUUUUCAUUACAAGCAUUAAAAACCUAGGAAUCUGCCUUGAAAAUGGACUCACUAUAGCAAAUAUUACUGGGUGAUACAGAAUGAAUUCUACACUUAUUUUUUUCUCCUGUGUUUGCAUUCCUGGGAUUUAUCCUCAAGUAUAUUUCUGACCAUAAAUAAUUUUUAAUUCAUUUCAAAUAUUUUGGUUAUUUGUAAUCACUUGGGCAGUAUAAGAAAAUGUAGCUUCUAAAUACUGGCCACCUCUAUGCUGCAUAUACUUCUUGGAAUAUAGUAUCUAAGAGCUCUGUAAACUGCCAUUUUGUUAGGUAUGGAAUUUGGCAUCUAGGGAGUAGGCCUUAAUUAGCAAUUCAAAUUUUGUGGAGAUGAAUGAUCAAAGUAAAACAAUGUUUGGAUGCAACGCAGAAUAAAAGAAUAUAAGAAAUAGCUUUUUGUUGCAUUAGUGUAUCAUAUUUUGAAGGAGAGAGCCUUUGCUUUUUGUAUUCUUUAGGAAAAGAAAAUCACUACCAUAAAGUAUUUUAAAAAAAGAAACUCUUGAAGCAAUUGAAAUACGUUAUUCUGACUAGAUGGACUAUAGAGGUUUUGCAUAUUCCUUCUCAGCCCUCCUGGGGAGAUUGGCCUAGAUAGCAUUCUUUAACAGUUACUCAGCUUUUGACUCAGUAGCAAGGCUUUCCGAAGCCCCUGGGCAGUGGACCAUUUAUUGGUAUUUAUUGACAAAAAUUUAGUUCUCUGAAAUUUUAACUCAGAUAUAUGAAAAACUUUGUAUUCCAUCUCUUGUUUUUGAUUUACUUGUAGAGCCAAGGAAAUGGAAUUGAAAGAUGAUUGCAUAAGUAAUGAUGCCAUCCUUCUCUCUGGCUGUAGACUGAAGUUUUUCCCUUGCUUAAAGUCAUAUCUAUAUUUGUUGAUAACCUCUCAAUAAUGUUGUGUUUACAUACCAAUGAUUAGAUUAAUUCAACUUGAAGUUGAAUGUGAUAAAGUGGUUAUUUAUCCAAGUUUUUUUUUUUUUUUUUUUUUUUUUUUUUUUUUUGAGAUGAGUCUCACCCUGUCACCCAGGGUGGAGUGCAGUGGUGCAAUCUUGACUCAGUGCAACCUCCACCUCCCGGACUUGAGCAGUUCCCCUGCCUCAGCCUCCCGAGUAGCUGAGAUUACAGGUGUGUGGCACCACACAUGGCUAAUUUUAUUAUUUUUAGUAGAGAGGGGGUUUCACCAUGUUGGCCAGGCUGAUCUCGAACUCCUGACCUCAAGUGAUCCACCUGCCUCGGCCUCCCAAAGUGCUGGGAUUACAGGUAUAAGCCAUUGCAUCCAGCCAGCCAAGUAUUUGGUUUUAAACAUUUGUAUUCCUUUGUGCAAGGGAUUGUAUUUUGUACAAGACCUUCAAGCCCCUCUUCAAGAAAUUGAGUCUUUGUGUAGCUGCUGACCUUACUGCCAUAUUUAUUUUCCCAUACUGCUUAGCUGACAAAUGGCAAUCAAGCUCAUUUGUACUUCCCCUCUCUCUCUCUCUCCCCCCCCCGCUUCAUAUAUAACUUGACUUGCUAUUAUUUUUCAUUGUAUAAAUCUGAAAUUCUUGGCAUUUCAAUAUGGCAUUUGUUUAGGAAAGAAAUAUAUAGGUCACUAGAGAAAAACGUUAAUUUUUUUCCUGCUGGAAAUUGCCUUCUGUUUGCCUUAUCUUUUCAGAUAGUCUUUAAAGUUGGGCAAUAUUCAAACAGCUCAUUUUGAGAAAGAUUUGUAGUUUCAUAAAGUUUGUUCAUUUCAGGAAUUUAAGUAAAAUCAUCUGAAUUAAGUGUUGGGCAAAUGUUAAUCAGAAAGAUAAUCUGCGUCCCUACAUUAUAUAGUCAUUUUGGAGAAAUGGAGGAAAAGGAAAAUAACAGGACUUUUUAUAGCUAUGAUAAAGAAAAACCUCCAUUUAAAUAAGGAAGUUGGAGACAAAAUGGAAGGUCCUGGCCUUAAGUCAAAUUCCAGAUAGUGGUUUCAAUAUCCAAAGCUUAGGCCUUGUUUACUUAUAGUAAUGCUAUAUUUUUCUUUAUCUGCCCUGUGAUUUUGUUUCGUGUCCUUCAAAGUUUUUUUAUUGUAAUUUUAAAGGAAAAAACAGUGUAUUUUUAUUUGAUAACUAGGCAAAAUCAUUUUGCCAUUUUUUAUUUCAUAAAUAUUUAUUUUUCUAUCUCAUACAAUGAUCAGUUUUACUUUAGAAAUUCUGUAUUUCUCUUGCCUCUCAUGUACUUCAUCCAGUUAUUUAUUAUUGUAAAAUGUUAACUGGAGGUACUUCAUUCAAAAAAAUUUCAUACCACUUAACACUUUCCCGGAAUGCUAGUGUUUCAGCUGUCUUAGUAAGUGACCAAAGGUGGUAUUUCCCUUGUGAUAGCUAAUUCAACAUCUUUAUUGAAAAUUUGUUACUUUUUUUAAAGGUUUUUAAAAGAUUACAAUUUUAAAAUAUUUUAUGUUUAUUUUAUUUUUGUGUAAAGCAAACACUUUUUAAAUAAUAUCAGAGUAAUUAUUACCCUAUGAAUAAGGAGAUAGAAAUGCAAUUCAGCCAGUUAAAUCCUCUUACUCUUUCUCAUUCAAGUAAUGUAAUAAUGUUUGAGACUAUAGAAGCAACUCGUGUAUUUUAAUGAACUGCCAGACACUUUUCACUGUGUUCUCUGCUUUUUACUCGGUCAUUUUUAUAUACAUGUGGAAGCGUUUAUUUUUGUUGUUGUUGUUCCUGCUGCUAGAACACAUGCAGUUUAAUUUUUAGGCCCACAGUGUAUUAUGCUUUAAUGUUGUGAUGUAAACUAACACUUCUGGCCUUGGAAAACCUUUCUGUUUCUGUAUCUUUGUCCUUUGGAGGCCAGGCCUCAUUAACACCUGUAUUGUUGAAUAAGCACAAUAUGUUAUGGAGCUUUAUCAUAAGGCUGCUUGACAUAGACACCCACUCUCCUCCACAUUUUAUAAAUCAUUGUUUGGAAGUAAAGUUAGGUAAGAGUCAAAUGAAAGGUUUUGACUUGAAAAAUAUUUGACUUUUGCGUUCAAACCACUGUUAGACAUACGUAUUUUAUUAGACAUAAGUAUUUUAUUUUGGGACUGGACAGUUGCUUUACAUGUAUUUAAAGGAACAUUGUGAUUUUCAGAAAGUGGCUUUGCAUACUAUUGAAUUGCUAGUUCCCAAGUUACUUUACAACCACCAGCAGCAUACCAAUAAAUUACAAAAACAGAAAAUGAAAAUUAACCCUAGGUGUUCUGAUGAUAGAGAAAUAGCUGAAUUAGAAAAGAAAGAUAUGGAUAGAUGCUCUUAGGAGGAAAACCUUUUUAGAAUGGCAAUGACUGCUUGGAUCUAGGUCAACAGAUUCAAAAAUGUGUGACCUUGUGUUUGUGUUUACUGAACUCACUCUUGAAAAUUCUGGACCCAAUUCAUUAACCCUCCUUUUCUUCUCUAAUGUGUACUGAAGCUGAGCUGGAUAAUGAGGGAAUUCAUUGCUGACUGUUGCUCAUCACUUUCCCUCAAAGUCAGAACUUUUCAGUAUGAAAAUAAUUAGCUUUUAACUGAUUAUUAAUUUUCCUUAGUACUGUGAAAACUUGUCUGAAAUUCGUGUUGUGCCAGAUUGGAAAUACCUACUGUAAUAUGGUGCAUUCAUUUUACCCCAUAAGUGGUUAACAUUUUAGGUCCUAGAUUUUUAAUGUCCUGCCUUUGUGUAAACAUCACUUUGGGGAAUACCGAGAUGAUUCAUUAUUCAGUGAUUAUUUUCUUGAAAGAUAACUAUGAUGAUUGGCUGUAAAAUCUUCAGCCUAAUAAAGGAGUGAGAUCUCUGUGUAAACAGCUUUCUGAAGGACUGAUAAUGGAAUAGUACUUGCAGCCAAAGGCUUUUUCCCUUUUGAGAAGACGGUAUUUGUGUAGGGAGUGCUAAGGUAGACUUCAUUGUACAUCGAGUGCCAUAUUCUGAUGAAGCAAUCGUAACAAUAUCAAAACCUCAUGCUUCAGCAAAAAGGAAAAAAGAUCUUUAAAUUACUUUGUCUGUUACUGCUCAUAGAGAACUAUAUAAAAUGGUCCCAUUUUCUCAUUUCUGGUGGUGCCUGUGAGUCUUAAAGCCAUAUCUGCUUAUCUUACUGUUGAUAGAACACUUUUUUCUUUUUAGCCCAUGGUACGUAAUAUGGGCAGAUAGAAGCAAACUGGAGACUGUCCUGUUAAUGCUGCAUGGGGCACAGUGUCAUUCAAAUUAUUGGUGGAAGAAUCUCUUUUAUCCAUGGUGAGAGGUAGGAAUAUUAAAGGAAAGAGUCAGGAUAUUGUUGCUCCUGGUAUUUAACAACUGUCAUUAGAAAUGCUGAAAUUUAAUUCUAGAGAAGUCAAGAAAAAAAGAGUAAACUAGAAAAUCUCACUACUACAGAGUAACUUUUACAGUGAGACCUGCACUUUAUGCCAGCGCUGUUUGUGAGGAGCAGUACUGCCUUAAAUUAGUUUGACUCUGACUGAUGUCAGUGUACGUUACUUCCUUUAUGUGACCGACAGUCAACUUUCCAUUGAGAUCCAGCAUUCACAGAUGAUCCCCAAGCAUCCUUGUCAUCAGAAGCUUUGGACCUUUUCUGCCACUGACUUAUGGCUGAUCUGUAACACAAUAAAUACAUAAUUUUAUUUCAUGUUGUCUGUCAACCUCUGAAUAAACAGUGGCAUGACCAAAAAAGACUGGUAGAAGGAGAGAGAAUUUCCUGGCCAAAUCCUUCAUACCAGGUGGCCACUUCUUGAGUAAUUGAAAGUUGACUGUCUUCUAUGGUGACGAUAUAGAAGAUACUUCCAAAGGUUCUGUUAUGCAGUGAAGACAUUCAGAUUAUUUGUAAGAAUUUCACCAACACCCUUGUGUAUUGAAGUGCUUAACCAUUAACAGAAAAAAAGGAGAAAACCAAACAAAACAGAGACAUUUACUUGAAAUGGGAGAUUUGCUAAUGUGAAGAGUGUUUCUAUUUUAUUACUUUUAAGAGAAAAGCAGGAAAACUUUUGCUAUGAUAAGAAAGACACCAGAGUGGUGAUUCUAUUUGAUACCACAAGCUAACGCAAUCAUGUAAGUAAUCAUGUUGAGUUGUAGAAAUAUGUGGCCCUAAAAACCAUUCUCUUUCCCUUACAUAUAUAUGUGAACACUGCCUAGUAACAUUUUAAUAGGUUUAAGAUGCAUUUGUACAUUCUCAGCAAACUACAAAAUGUUUUUUCUCUUUUUGAAUAACUUCAUAGCAUAGGGAACCAGCACUGUGCAGGUUUCAGCAUUUCGGAUAAGGACAGAAUUAAUUGUGUAACUUAGUGCCCUGUUAUUCAUUGCUGAGGUUCCUAUAUAAAGAACAGAAAAAUUGAAAGAUGGGUUUGAGCGACAUUUUCUUCACAAAAGAUCAAGGAGUAAGAAGUAAGGGAAGACAGCUAAGAGAACAUACUAUGACAUAUAGAAUUGGGAUACAUUUUUGUUGUGCUGGAUUUCAGGCUAUAAUUGCUAAAAUAAUUUCUAGCUAUUUGGCGAGAGGGUUUUUGACAUCAGAAUUUUUGUACUUCUGGUCAAAUUGACCUUGGAGAUCCCUAUGGUCUCUAAUUUCAGCUCUUGCUGUAAACUGCAAGCCAAAUGCUGUUUCUCAGAAAGAGCUAUAUUUUUCUCUUCUUACAGGCAACCCAGUAUUUAUUUCAUAAAGUGUUAUAAAUAUUGAGAGGAUACACGGGGGAGAUAGAAUAUCAAAAUGAUGCUCCAAAAUGAGAAUUCUCUUUAAUGGGGUUUUCCCUAAGAAGAAUCUAUCCCAGCACAUAUUUUGAAAAGGUGCUGAAUUAAAAAGUACAAGAGUUUGCUCACAUAAAUCAAGUUGCUCAGGAAAUCUGAGGUGAUGCUGUCAUUUGUCUCAUAAAUUAGAAAAGUGAUCUCUUGAGAGAGAGACUACACAUUGCCUGGGCACUUUCAGAUUCUUUAGUAAGUGCCGCUUUGAUAUUUGGAAUGUGGAUAUGUUUAUAAAACAAAUGGAUUGUUAUUCCAGAUGCUCAUGGAUUUAUAACUAAGCCCCAGAAGAAUAUGCAGCUUUGAAAUAGUUAUUUCAUGGAAUUGAACAGAACCUUGAUGGAAUAUAGUUGCCUGUGUGAGGACAGAAAACAAAGAGACUGCCUCAAACUACAUGCCUAUCUAGACAUUAAGUGAAACUGUGAGGGACAUUUUGUGGAUGCCUUAAAGGUGACCAGUGGUGGGUUCUGAUGGGAAUAUACACACCCAUCUGGACUAGGCCAGUGGAAGCAGAGUCUCUUUCAGUUCACCUCCAUACAGCAGAAGUUGUUCCUGGUCAUGACCUCAUUGAGGAAAAUGAGAAUUGUGGUGCUGGUGACUUUCAUGUGUCUUGGGAGGUUCAGGUGUUCAGCAUCGUUAAGGCACUCCCAAAACGCAAACCUCCUUUUUUAAAUGCCAAUUGUACAUCUACAUUAAUUCAUCUAUGCAAGCUUGUGUUUUCAUGGUUUUUUACACCAUAUUUCUCAUUGGGUUCUUUAAACAUCAAGUUUAAUAUUGAUAUUAUGAAUAAUUUUUAAACCAAAGUAUUCUCUAAGUCUUUGUGCUUUGUUUUCCUGAAUGGUUUGACCAAGGUAAAUAUCAAUCUUGUCCUUCUCUCUUAAUAAAGUCAUCCAUUUGUUAAGUCAGUGGUCUCUGUCUCAUGUUUUUGUUGUUUCUUUACAACAUUCAGGGAAAGUUACGUAAAUAGCAAUGAUAAGUAUUAUUAUGAUUGUUAUUUUUUACAAAAUGACCCUAAUAGGUCUGUUUAAUAACAGUAAAAUUUUCUCUCCAUUUCCAUACACUUUCUAUAAAUAUGUAUAACAUGAUAACGAUGCCUGGUGUAUUGAAAUUCUCAAUAAAUACUGCCAAGUAUGGAUCA